CUGGUGUAUUUAAAGAGCGAAAGAGCCACCGACGACACUGAGCUGAACAGAAGCGAUCUGUAAAGAGAGCAGAGACAGACUGACCUGACUUUCUCCACGAAUAGGUGGAAAUUCAUCACAGUUAAUAAUCUACUCUAGGACUACAGUUACGUCUAAUCAAAGAUGUCGUCUGCAAAAGGAGUUGCUAUUGGGAUUGACCUGGGCACCACCUACUCCUGUGUGGGGGUGUUUCAGCAUGGAAAAGUGGAGAUCAUCGCCAACGACCAGGGAAACAGAACAACACCCAGCUAUGUUGCCUUCACAGACACCGAGAGGCUCAUUGGAGAUGCAGCUAAAAACCAGGUGGCCAUGAACCCCAACAACACCGUGUUUGACGCCAAGAGGCUGAUCGGUAGAAAGUUUGAGGACCCAGUUGUGCAGUCUGACAUGAAGCACUGGUCUUUCCGAGUCGUCAGCGAUGGAGGGAAGCCGAAAGUUCAAGUUGAAUACAAGGGAGAAAACAAGACCUUUUAUCCCGAAGAGAUCUCCUCCAUGGUCCUGGUGAAGAUGAAGGAGAUUGCUGAAGCUUAUCUGGGGCAGAAGGUGACCAAUGCAGUUAUCACAGUUCCUGCCUAUUUCAAUGACUCCCAGAGACAAGCGACUAAAGACGCUGGAGUGAUCGCUGGACUGAAUGUCCUGAGAAUCAUCAACGAGCCCACAGCUGCAGCCAUUGCCUACGGCCUCGACAAAGGCAAAGCUUCAGAGCGCAACGUGCUGAUCUUUGACCUGGGAGGAGGCACCUUUGAUGUGUCCAUCCUGACCAUUGAAGAUGGCAUCUUUGAGGUGAAGGCCACGGCUGGAGACACUCAUCUGGGAGGAGAGGACUUUGACAACCGCAUGGUGAAUCACUUUGUUGAAGAAUUCAAGAGGAAGCACAAGAAGGACAUCAGUCAGAACAAGAGGGCCCUGAGGAGACUGAGGACAGCGUGUGAGCGAGCCAAGAGGACCCUCUCGUCCAGCUCUCAGGCCAGCAUUGAGAUCGACUCACUGUACGAGGGCAUCGACUUCUACACGUCCAUCACCAGAGCGCGCUUUGAAGAGAUGUGCUCAGACCUCUUCAGAGGAACACUGGAGCCUGUGGAAAAAGCCCUGAGAGACGCCAAGAUGGACAAGUCUCAGAUUCAUGACGUUGUGUUGGUCGGAGGAUCGACAAGAAUCCCAAAGAUCCAGAAGCUUCUGCAGGAUUUCUUCAACGGCAGAGACUUGAACAAGAGCAUCAACCCAGACGAGGCAGUGGCUUAUGGUGCCGCGGUCCAAGCCGCCAUCCUCAUGGGAGACACAUCUGGAAACGUCCAGGACCUGCUGCUGCUGGAUGUGGCUCCUCUGUCCCUGGGUAUCGAAACCGCAGGUGGAGUCAUGACGGCCCUCAUCAAACGCAACACCACCAUCCCCACCAAACAGACCCAGACCUUCAGCACCUACUCAGACAACCAGCCCGGCGUCCUGAUCCAGGUCUACGAGGGAGAGAGGGCCAUGACAAAAGACAACAACCUGCUGGGUAAAUUUGAGCUGACAGGAAUCCCACCUGCUCCACGUGGAGUCCCGCAGAUCGAAGUCACCUUUGACAUCGACGCCAACGGAAUCCUAAAUGUGUCGGCGGUGGACAAAAGCACCGGAAAAGAGAACAAGAUCACCAUCACCAAUGACAAGGGCAGACUGAGUAAAGAGGAGAUCGACAGGAUGGUGCAGGACGCAGACAAAUACAAAGCUGAAGACGAUCUGCAGAGAGAGAAGAUCGCUGCCAAAAACUCCCUGGAGUCCUACGCCUUCAACAUGAAGAACAGUGUGGAAGAUGAGAACCUGAAAGGAAAGAUCAGUGAGGAUGACAAGAAGAAAGUUAUUGAGAAAUGUAACGAGGCCGUCAUCUGGCUAGAGAACAACCAGCUGGCUGAUAAGGAGGAGUAUGAACAUCAGCUGAAGGAGCUGGAGAAGGUCUGCAACCCAGUUAUCACUAAACUGUAUCAGGGAGGGAUGCCAGCUGGAGGCUGUGGAGCUCAGGCACGUGGAGCAUCAGGGGCCGCUGCUCAGGGGCCCACUAUUGAAGAGGUGGAUUAAAGUUAAGGACUUGUCACUUUGUCUUUCAUAUCUCACUAAAAAAUUUGCUCAGUUGACCUUUUUAUAUGAUAUUGUUGUUUUUAUGUUCUUGUUUUACUAUUUAAUCACAAGCCACUUUAAUUUAGUCAAUAUGUAUAUACUGUAAAGAUGUAAAUACAAGUAUGAUUGUCUUCUAUGGAUAAUGAACAUUGUUAAUAAACUUUUUUUUAAAUGACAAACA